AUGGAAUUAGGAAAGGCUAAACUUCUGAGAAGUGGUCUUAAUGCUUUAUAUCAAGCCAUUCACCCUGUGCAUGGGAUUGCGUGGACAGAUGGCAAACAAGUGGUGCUGACAGCAUUGCAUUAUCAUAACAAGGAAUUGAAGUUUGGAGACCCAACUAUUAUUGGUCAGUUUGAACACGUCUAUGGGCUAUACUGGAGCCCGUACCAUUCUACCAACACACCAGCACUGCUUGCGGUUCAACAUAAAAAGCACGUGAGUGUCUGGCAGCUGAGCCACAGUGUCUCAGAAAAGAAUAAGCUUCUGGUUUCUCAGACCUGUGAAGUUGGUGAGCCAUUCCAGUUGCUUCCUCAGGGCUGUGUGUGGCAUCCAAAGAGGGACAUUUUGUCUGUACUUACCAAAAGGGAUGCUUCUGUUUUAUAUGCAGUUCGUUCAGACAACUCUCGGGUUAAAGCAGAUAUCAAAAGCAGUGGUCUCAUCCACUGUGCCUGCUGGACUAAGGAUGGCAAUCGCUUGGUUGUUGCCAUAAGCACUGCUCUUCAUUCCUAUAUAUGGGAUGAUGCCAAGAAAACAUUAAAUGCAUGUUCCUUUUGCCCAAUAUUUGAUGUUGGGGGCUAUAUCUGUGCUAUUGAAGCCACUCUGGAUUUCCAGAUUGCUGUGGCUACUGAGCUUCCUCUUGAUAAGAUAUGUGGCUUAAAUGCAGGUAUUACAUUUGAAUUGCCAGUAGGCACUGAAACAGGUUCUCUAACUUCACAGUCUACGCUGGUGCUUGGGGAUGAGGAAUAUUCUAUGGAUUUGAGGCGAAAGUCUAUAGAUUCUGACAAAUCAGUAACAAUUGAUUCAGUAGCUUCAUCCUCAUCAGGCCCAGUUGAUUUAACUCAUGUCCUUGCAAACCAUUGGAGAUCAGAUACCAGUCCUCUCAUUACUUUGAGAAGGAAGGAUUAUACUUCAGGGACUGGACAAGAUUCGUCACACUUGAUUUUAGUGACUUUUGAAGGAAAGGUAACCACAACCAGAAAAGUCAGUGUUCCAGGUAUUUUGGUUCCUGAUAUAAUUGCCUUUGACCAUAAAGGUCAAACUGUGGCAAUAGCAUCUAAUACCUGUAACAUUGUUUUGGUCUAUUCUGUAACCUCAUCCUGCAUGCCCAACAUUCAACAAAUCCAGCUGGAAAAAAGUGAACGACCCAAAGGUCUAACCUUUUUGACAGAUAAUCUCUUACUGAUUUUGAUUGGCAAGCAAAAGUUCACUGAUCCUGCACUUAUUCCAUCAUCUAAUUCAGACAGAUAUACCAUCCGUCUGAUGAUCAAAGAAUUAGCAUUUGAAGAUGAAUCCUCAGCAAAAUCUAAUACUUCUCAAAGUCUUUCAUUUUGUGUUGAGUCCUCAGUCAACCUUCCUGGGAAAAGAAAAUAUUUUGAGAAUCUUGCCUCAGAGGAUCAUGUUGUAGGCCGGGAACUCUUAAUGCCAAGUAUUAUCCAGUCUCCCAGUGGAAGGAGACGCAUGUUGGAAGAAGUGAAAAGUCCUAGUUAUGAACAAAGUUCAUCAUCCAGUGUGAGUGAUUUUGAGGAGAGAAGAGUCUUGGGAGAGCCAUCCAUUGCUCUAGAAAUGUUGGAUACUGAACCAGUGAAUCGCUCAGUGGCCCUGUUUGGCCUUGGAACAUCUACUAGGUUUUGCCAUAGAUCUGUUUCUCCUAAAGCGAUACAGGAAACUUUAAAUUCCCCUAAAAACAACACCUUGGCUAACGAAAAGGGGGCGAAUCAGAUAUCCAGAAAUCUGGAAAGAUUGUGCGGAAGUUUCAAUGACUUACAACUGCGACUUCUGGAAAUAACAGAAUUCACUAAAAAUGGGAAGAGAUUAUCUGUAACCUACCCAUCUUCUCAAGAACCACCUUUUGUUCACAUCACUUGCCAGAAGCAUUUUUCGAAUGGAGCUAUAGCUGAAGAGACCAAAACUGUCCUCCUGUGUGACGGCAAGGUUCAUCUGAGUUUAGUCCAGCAGCUGUUUGAUCUGCCUAUUGUUGAAAUGAAAUAUGGUUCUUCUUGGAUUGUUCUUGCUGCAGAUGGUGAAGGUUUUAUUCCGCUAACAUUCAAAGCAAAGCAGGAGAUAAUCAUAAGGGAAGGAAGGGAUACUUUGGAAGCCUGUACAAGUCGUUCCUUCAAAAGAAAAAAUUCUUCACAACCACCAAGUAGUGUAACAUAAAAAAAACUUGUUUAUAAUAUAUAAACUGCAUGGGUAGAAAGCUAUCAGGAGGACAUUCCAUUGCAUUUUUACUUGUAACUCAUGUGGUUUGUAUUCCACAAUAGCUAGCCUUCACACACAGCCAUUUUUCCACAAGAUCGGAUUCAGUACCUGUAUGUCAUAUGUUCAAUGAAAGUCUGAUGGACUGAUAAACAUAUGUUAAUUAUUGUGGGAAUGAGAUAAACAUACAUUGUUUCAAAUCUAUAUAAUACCAACAUAAUAUAGCAUCAUUGUUUAGUCUGUUUCUAUUCACCUUGUGGCACAACCCCUCCCUAGAUGACACCAUAUAAAAAACACAUUGAACACAAGA